AUGUCUAGUAAGUCAGAGCUAGAAUCUUUGUUGAAUAAGAUUGUUAAAAGUAAUGAUGAAACAGAGGUCUCUAAAGCAUUAAAGGAAAUUGAAGAUAACAAUGAAUAUAUUGAAAAGAAGCAGUUACGUAGUCUAUUAACUAUGCAUGAUAAGAAAUUUAAAGAUCAGUGUUUAAUACCUAUGAAUAAUUUAUAUGUUAAAUACAAUGAUAUCGUUGGUAAAGAUCGUAAUUUACAAAAUGAAACUGCAUUUGUAGAUAGGGAUAUAAGAGUUUUAGAGAGUACUUUACAAUAUAUUAUUGAAAAUAAAAAUUCACAUAAUACAAAUCAUGGUGGUUGUAAUAAAACGAAGAAUAGUUCAAAGGAUAAAUUGUUGGAUAAGUAA